CUUAUCUCAUUCACCAUACCCAUACGGAAAGAGGAGAAAUAUUUUCAUUGUUUCUCAAAACAUGAAUUACAACUGCGUUCUUCUCUCUCUUAUCCUCCUCACCGGAGUCUCUUCUCCGGCCGGCGAGGCCGCUCAAGAGUCCUUCGCCUGCGACCCGCGAGACGCGAAGACGAAGGAGUACGGGUUUUGCCGGAGAUCUCUGCCGGUGCCGGAGAGAGUGAGUGACGUCAUUGGGAGGCUGACAUUGCAGGAGAAGGUGAAGCUGCUGGUGAACAGUGCGGCGGCGGUGCCGCGGCUGGGGAUAAAAGGGUAUGAGUGGUGGUCGGAGGCACUUCAUGGAGUUUCCGAUGUGGGUCCAGGGACUAAGUUCGGUGGGGACUUCCCUGGGUCCACUAGCUUCCCUCAAGUCAUCUCCACCGCUGCUUCUUUCAAUGCAUCCUUGUGGGAACAAAUUGGACGGGCGGUGUCGGAUGAGGCAAGGGCAAUGUACAAUGGAGGGAUGGCGGGUUUGACGUACUGGAGCCCAAACGUCAACAUAUUUCGAGACCCGAGGUGGGGCCGUGGACAGGAAACUCCCGGUGAAGAUCCUGUCUUAGCCGGUAAAUACGCGGCCAGCUACGUCAAGGGUCUCCAGGGAAACGACGACGGUGACCGGUUGAAGGUAGCAGCUUGUUGCAAGCACUACACCGCCUACGAUCUCGAUAACUGGAGCGGAAUCGAUCGAUUCCAUUUUAAUGCACGGGUAAGCAAACAGGAUAUGGAAGAUACAUUUGAUGUACCCUUUAGAGAGUGCGUGUUAGAAGGGAAAGUAGCGAGUGUAAUGUGUUCAUACAAUCAGGUGAAUGGCAUCCCCACCUGUGCCGACCCUAAACUCCUUCGCCACACCAUUCGUGGCAACUGGCGCCUCAAUGGCUACAUCGUGUCAGACUGUGAUUCCGUUGGAGUUUUCUACAACAAUCAACACUACACAUCAACCCCGGAAGAAGCAGCCGCAGAUGCAAUAAAAGCAGGCUUGGAUUUGGAUUGUGGUCCAUUCCUGGGGACACACACAGAGGAUGCCAUUAAGAGAGGGAUUUUGAGUGAGUCUGAUGUUAAUGGUGCAUUGGUUAAUACGAUUAGCAUCCAAAUGAGACUGGGUAUGUUUGAUGGAGAGCCAUCAGGUCACCGGUAUGGGAAAUUAGGUCCCAAGGAUGUGUGCACCCCUGCUCACCAAGAGCUCGCACUUGAGGCAGCUAGGCAAGCUAUUGUUCUUCUUAAAAAUCGGGGUGGUCUUUCUGCUUUGCCUCUGUCUCCUCGUCGCCACCGCAAUGUUGCUGUUAUCGGCCCUAAUUCGGAUGUUACUGUUACAAUGGUUGGCAACUACGCUGGUGUUGCAUGUGGAUACACAACUCCUCUACAGGGAAUAAGGAAAUACGCAAAUGCCAUUCACCACCUAGGGUGCAAGGACGUGGCCUGUACUACUGACCACCUAUUUGGUGCAGCCAUUGAUGCUGCUCGUGAAGCCGAUGCCACCGUUCUAGUGAUGGGCCUGGACCAGUCUAUUGAGGCUGAGUUCAGAGACAGAGCUGGGCUUCUACUCCCCGGACAUCAACAGGAGCUUGUCUCCAAGGUUGCAUUGGCCUCCAAGGGCCCAACCAUAUUGAUCUUGAUGAGUGGGGGCCCAAUUGACGUGUCAUUCGCCAAGAAUGACCCACGCAUUGCGGGCAUCAUUUGGGCUGGUUACCCGGGGCAAGCUGGUGGAGCCGCCAUUGCUGAUGUUCUGUUCGGAACCCAUAACCCAGGAGGGAGGCUGCCUAUGACAUGGUACCCACAAGACUACCUUUCCAAGCUGCCAAUGACAACAAUGGACAUGCGAUCAAUCCCAUCAAAAUCCUAUCCAGGCAGGACUUACCGCUUCUACAAUGGUCCUGUAGUUUACCCAUUUGGGUAUGGACUAAGCUACUCAAACUUCAUCCACACCAUCGCCAACGCUCCGACUGUUAUCUCAAUCCCCCUAGAUGGCCGCCACAGAUCCCAAAACACAACAACCAUGUCAGAGGGCAAGGGAAUUAGAGUAACACAUGCCAAAUGUAACAGGCUCUCAAUCGGCGUACAUGUCGAUGUGAGGAAUGCAGGAUCGAAGGACGGUUCUCACACGCUGCUCGUCUUUUCCACACCACCGGGAGGUGGGCAUUGGGCACCACACAAGCAAUUGGUUGCAUUUGAGAAGGUGAAUGUGGCUGCUAGGACACAACAGAGAGUUCAUAUCAACAUUCAUGUGUGCAAGUGUUUGAGUGUUGUGGAUAGGUCUGGAAUUCGAAGAAUUCCAAUGGGACAACAUAGUCUUCAUAUUGGUGAUGUCAAACAUUCUAUCUCCCUUCAAGCAGCCACUCUAGGGGUCAUCAAAUCAUAAUUUAAUUUAAGAACACUGUAAGUAGAAAACAGGACACAAAAAAUAUAUCAAUGGACAAUUUUUUAGAAAGGGACUUCUAUCAACAAAUUUUGUAGAAUCCUUUCACUCGCGUAUUUUAUGUGUAUUGAUUUUUAUGUUCUUAGAGUGAUUGCUCAAGUAAUGGCACCUAUGUAUCGGUCUUAUUCUCAAUAUUAUUUGUAUUAUUCAA